AUGCUUCCGCCCUACGUUUUGCCAACCGCAGCUGCCCCGCGUUUGGCGCCACGGGUGUCGCUCAGCGCGGUUUCGCCGGCCGUGCGCGUGGCGAAUGCGGUGCCGCGGAGGGGGUGGCAGAUUGGAUGGCUGGCUGCGCUCUGUGGCUGGGGCAGGGGCCAAAGGGCCGUGGCAGCGCCAAAGAAGGUUGUCAAGAUUCACAGCGUCGACCAAGAAGUGGAGAUUCCCAAGGCCAAGGUGGAUACUCCCGUGGCCAAAUCUCUAGAGAAGUUCACCUACCCAACCAGAUGGCCCUAUGGUGAGCGCGAUUUCUUCCGCCUGGACCGUUCCGAUGACGCAGAAUUCUAUGCGGAGCCAAAGUUGGUGAAGCAUUUGGACGACCAAACGCUGAAGGUGCUGACGGAGUUCUAUGCUGUGGUCUUCCCAAAAGACCGGGAGUUUUCGGCCUUGGACGUGUGUUCUUCGUGGAUCUCGCAUUACCCGCAGACGCCGAAACCUGUGCGGCUGGCAAUCACUGGGAUGAAUGCAGAAGAGUUGAAGGCGAAUGUCCAAGCGACCGACUGGACAGUGCAAGAUCUGAAUUUGGAUCCCAAGUUGCCAUAUGGAGAUGCUGAGUUCGAUGUGGUGACCAACACCGUCUCAGUGGAUUAUCUCACAAAGCCGCUGGAGGUCUUCCGGGAAGUUGGCCGUGUGCUUCGUCCAGGAGGCCUUGCAGUAGUGGCUUUUUCGAAUCGAUGUUUUCUUUCAAAAUUGGUGGCCAUUUGGAGCGUGGGGGACCCCGACGAUCGGGUGGAGGUGGCCGCCAACUACUUCCAUUUCGCGGACUGCUUCAAGGACGCUGAAGCCGUGGAUUUGUCUCCUCCCAACGCAGAUCCACUGUUUGUGGUGACUGCGGUGCGCAAAUAA